AAGCGGGGUCUUGGGGCGGCAGGAAGGAGCCCGAGGCACCGCUAUUUAAGCCACUUUUCUCGAGGGCCAUGGACAGAGCCGGGGCCCAGCAUGGAACAGGGCCUGACCUUCCUGCUCCCCCUCCUCUUGGGGCUCCUCCAGCAAGGCCGCGGUGGGCGCCUGGAGGUGGAGCCCCCCGAGCCCGUGGUGGCAGUGGCCGUGGGCGAAUCGAGGCAGCUCACCUGCCGCCGGGCCUGUGCGGACGGCCGGGCCGCCGUGGUGCAGUGGCGGGGCCUGGACACCAGCCUGGGCGCCGUGCAGUCGGGCGCCGGCAGCAGCGUCCUCUCCGUGCACAACGCCUCACUGUCGUCCGCGGGGAUCCACACAUGUGUGGGCACCUGCGGGACCCACACUCUCCGGCACCCCGUGCGGCUCCUGGUGUUCGCCUUCCCGGACCAGCUGACGGUCUCCCCGGAGGCCCUGGUGGCCGGGCAGGCCCAAGAGUUGGCCUGCACAGCCCACAACAUCACGCCUGCCAGCCCUGAUGUCCUCUCCUUGUCCCUACUCCUGGGGGACCAGGAACUGGAGGGGGUGCAGGACCUGGGCCAGGAGGAGGACGAGGAGCCCCAGGAGGGUGAGGGCCAGUUGUUCCAAGUGACAAAGCGCUGGCAGCUUCCCCCCCUGGGGAAACCUGCCCCACUCACCCUCCACUGCCAGGCGACCAUGAGGCUGCCGGGCAUGGAGCCUCGGAGCCACCGCAAAACUCCACCCACCACCUCGGGAGUCCUGACCUCCCCGAAGACCCCGGUCACAACCUCCCUGGAGGCCACCCUGGAGCAGACCUCCACCCACAGCCCCCGGAGUCCUGGCCCCGAGGCUGGGAACAGCUCCACCCGGCCCUGCCACCCUGAGAUCCACCAGUCGCCAAUACCAGGGGGUCUGGAGCUGCUGUGCGAAGCAGCCUGCGGCCCUGGCGUAGCUGUACGUUGGACCCGGGCGCCAGGUGGUCUGGCAGCUUACCAGAGGAAGGAGGACGGGGCCCAGGCUUGGCUGACCGUGCUGUGGGCUGGAUGCAACCCUGAGGGCUGGUUCCAGUGUCGCCUGGACCCAGGGGGCCACACAGCCCGUCUGUACCUGCUCCCGGAAGUCUGCUCCCCACCAAUGUCCGCAGCCCUGUGGAUGGGCAGCUUGGUGCUGGGGCUGCUCCUCCUGGCGUUCCUCACCCGUCGCCUGUGGAGAUGCCGCCAGCCCACCAGGUGACCACAGAGCCCACCAGCACCGCCGAAGUGGCCUGCCUUCCUUCAACUCAGUUGUGACUAGAGGACGAUUGCAGGGCUCUGGACAGCAUGAGGGCUGACAGAGGGUACUUUGCCCUGAUGGCCAGAACAUUUAGGCUUCUCAGCUGGCCAGGUUCCCCGCUGUGGGACCCCUGGGGACCUGCCCCUGCCCCUGCCCCCAACUGGGAGAAUAAAGAGCAUGCUGUCUGA